AAAUAAGAAGGCAGCAGUUUUCAGCUGUACAAGUACAUGAAUAAUAAUGGCUCUGCAAUUAUUUCUUGACAGGGAUUGAACGUUCGUAUGUGGUGGAUCGGAGGAGAGAGAAACAACCUAGAGAGAGAAACAAGCUGAUGAAAUUAUUCAUAAAUAUAAUAGUUUCUUGAUAUCACUUCACUUGUUGCUUUCUUAUGUUUUCUGUCUGAUAUGCCAAUGCAAACUUGGUAGAUCUUUUUUUUUUUCAGACAGUGAAAGGAGAAUUAUUAUUAUUAAUUUUUAUUUUUAUUUAUUAUUAUUAUUAUUAUUAUGGGGAAGACUGGAAAAUGGAUAAGAAACUUCUUGAUCGGUAAGAAAGAUAAAGAGAAGGAGAAAGAGGGUAAUUACCAGAAAACCGCCGCCGCCAACAAUGGCUACGACCACCACCACCACCACCGGCCGACGACGCCCAUAUCCAUCCCGCAGCAGCCCACCACCCCCAAGGAGAAGCGGCGCUGGAGCUUCCGUCGUUCCUCCGCCGCCGCGCCGCCGUCGGACGCCAUCCCGGUGGAGAGCGACACCAAGAAGCACGCGAUGGCGGUCGCAGUAGCCACCGCCGCCGCCGCUGACGCGGCGGUGGCGGCGGCCAAGGCUGCCGCCGCCGUCAUCCACCUGACCUCCGCCUCCGGCAGGUCCAGCAGCGCGUUCGAGGAUGCUGCGGCCACCAUGAUCCAGUCUGUUUUCCGUGGAUAUCUGGCAAGGAAAGCGCUGAAUGCAUUAAAAGGAUUAGUGAAACUGCAAGCAUUAGUGAGAGGGCAUCUGGUGAGAAAACAAGCUACAGCUACCCUGCGGUGCAUGCAAGCUUUGGUGACAGUCCAAUCAAGAGCACGUGCGCAGAGAUUACGAAUGGCUGAAGAAAUUAAAUCAAUUGAUCAAAGGCAAUUUCAUCACAGAAAAUCUACUCAGGAAAAUCGGUUUAGAAACUCUAAUCAAAACGAAUACGACAGAGGCCUCGAAGAGAACAUCAAGAUAGUCGAAAUGGAUCUAGGCGACUACAACAAGCCCGUAACAAGAGCCCGUAGCAGCUACUCGAACCACCGCUCCUCAACCAAUUACCAAGAAAACCACCACCACCACCACCAAAUAAUCUCGCCGUCGCAAUCGGCAGCAUCGCUCGCGGCGGAAACGAGCCCGCGAGCGUGCAGCAACCACUUCGACGACCGCUCGUUCGGCACGCCGCAGAGCAGCCCGCAGUGCCGGUCGAGCACUAUAAUGUCGAAGACGCCACCGACAAUCCCGUAUCCUAAUAAUUACCCGAAAUCGGACUACGCGGAGUCGCUAUACAGCGAGUUCCCGUUCUACCCGAGCUACAUGGCGAACACGGAGUCUUCUAGGGCUAAGGCCCGGUCCCACAGUGCGCCGAAGCAGAGGCCCGUCGAGACUUUCGAGAGGCAGCCGAGUAGUAGCGGUAGGAGGAGGCCUUCUUUGGAAGGCCGGAAUGUACCGAGAGCGGUUAGGAUGCAACGGUCGUCGUCGCAAGUGGGGCCCGCCUCGCAGAAUUAUCAGUACCCGUGGUCGGUUGUUAAGCUUGACAGGUCAGCAGCUUCACUCAAGGAUAGUGAGUGUGGAUCAACCAGCACCAUGCUUACUAACACUAAUUACUGCAGAUCACUUGUGGGCUUUGAUGUGCAAGGAGCUAGGUACUAAUUUAUCUUGAUACCCCAAGAAAUGGAAAUAAUCUUUGUGAAUUCUAAAAGGUGAUUUGAAGUUUGUAAUAAUAAUAAUAAUAAUUAUUAUUAUAUUUAUAAUUAUAAUUUUUUGUUUUUUUGUAAGUUGAUUUGAUCUUUGUGUGGGAGAGUACUGAGUAGUGUUUGAUGAUCUUGAAAUGUAGUUUCGUUUGACCAAUCUUUGUGUAUGAUGUAUUGUUUUGUGACUCGUUUGGCUUCCACAUUAAUUUGUACUUGUGUUUUUUUGUUAAUAUAUGUCGAUUUAAAAGAAAUUUGUGUGUUUCUUUUUA